GAACAUCUUGCUCGCUACGUUUGAACAUUGAGAGCUCCACUCCUGCGUGACAGCUUAUUUUUGCUUCUAAUAGUCCUGUGUUAGCAGGGUGAUCUUUAUUUAACUUGGGGAACAAGCUGCGAGCGGGGCUUCCGUCCACAGUGUGUACAAUAAAAUGCGACGAGUGCAAAGUUUACGUUCUUGCACCAAAAUGUUAAUAGACCCACUAUGAGAAGUAUGAGCAUUCAUUUCAGGAAGUUGAUAUAAAAACUGUUCAGUGGAUAAAAUGUGUCUACCUCGAGGGUCUUGCCUAACUUGUGCGACUUAAAAGGGCUCUCAGUUCUCGUGAGUAUGUGUUCAUAAUGAAGCGGCGACUGGAGGAUCAGGAAACGGUUUUUGCAUCUCAGCAGCGGCGCCUCACUGGUAACGUGGAGGCUUUCCAGCAUCGCGUUCUAGCCCCUGCUCCGGCUCCAGCUGUGUAUGAGGCUGUGCCAGACAACAUGCAGCCCACGGCAGGCGUUCAGUACUCCGUCCCACUGGGAUACCAGGUUCCCACUGUGUCCCAGAACAGUGGUGGACAUGGGCACACCCCGAGCCCAGCCGUCCAUGGUGGGUCCCAUCAUCACAACCCAGCAGUCCAAUCUCACGGGCCCUCAGUGAUGUCAGGACACAGUCAUACAGCUGCUCCUCAGGCCUCCGCACAGGGUCAGCAGCAGUUUCAAAGGCUCAAGGUGGAAGAUGCUUUGUCUUACUUGGACCAAGUAAAAUUGCAGUUUGGCAACCAGCCUCAGGUCUACAAUGACUUCUUGGAUAUAAUGAAAGAGUUCAAGUCUCAAAGUAUUGACACUCCAGGGGUCAUCAACCGUGUGUCACAGUUGUUCAAAGGUCAUCCUGACCUCAUCAUGGGCUUCAACACUUUCCUGCCACCAGGCUACAAGAUUGAGGUCCAGACCAAUGAUUUGGUCAAUGUGACAACACCCGGUCAAAUUCACCAUAUCACUCCUCAUGGCAUUUCAGUGCAGAACAUCCCCUUAACAGGAGCAGCUACCCAACACCAACCGCAGCUCCCAUCUGCACCAACCACCACUGCUUCCCCUCUUUUAACACAGCCUACCCCUGCCAAAAUGACCAAACCUCUCCAGCCCCAGGCCUUGACACCGAGCAUCCAGAGCAGUCCGUCCAUACCUGGGCACACCUCUCCCCGCUCCCCACCCAUGCAGCUCCACACCCCUCUCAGUGGGACCCCCACUGGACCACCCAUGCAGAACAACCAGCCUGUGGAGUUCAACCACGCUAUCAACUACGUCAACAAAAUCAAGAAUCGCUUCCAGGGCCAGCCUGACAUUUACAAAGCCUUCCUGGAAAUACUCCACACCUACCAGAAAGAGCAGCGUAAUGCUAAGGAGGCAGGAGGGAACUACACACCGGCUCUGACGGAGCAGGAGGUGUAUGCUCAGGUGGCCAGGCUCUUCAAGAAUCAAGAGGACCUGCUGUCCGAAUUUGGACAAUUUCUGCCUGACGCCAACAGUUCGGUGCUGUUAAGUAAGACCACAGCUGAGAAGGUAGAGUCUGUACGGAACGACCACGGUGGAACUGCGAAAAAGCUGCAGCUCAACAACAAACAGAGGCCCAAUCAGAACGGCUGCCAGAUCCGACGCCAUCCAACUCCAGGGUCCACACCACCUGUCAAGAAGAAGUCCAAGUUACUGAAUUUGAAAGAUCCGUCAAUGGCAGAAGUUGGCAAGCAUGGAGUCGGCACAGAAUCUCUGUUCUUUGAGAAGGUGCGCAAAGCCUUGCGAAGUGCAGAGGCCUACGACAACUUCCUGCGGUGUCUGGUCAUCUUUAAUCAAGAGGUGAUCUCCAGGGCUGAACUGGUGCAGUUGGUGCUGCCCUUUUUAGGUAAAUUUCCCGAACUCUUCAACUGGUUUAAGAACUUCCUGGGAUAUCGGGAAAUGUCCCACAUUGAGGCAUAUCCUAAGGAACGGGCCACUGAGGGCAUCGCCAUGGAGAUUGAUUAUGCUUCCUGUAAGAGACUAGGCUCCAGUUACAGAGCUCUGCCCAAAAGCUACCAGCAGCCCAAAUGCACUGGGAGAACUCCGCUUUGUAAAGAGGUCUUAAAUGACACCUGGGUGUCCUUCCCCUCCUGGUCUGAGGACUCCACCUUUGUCAGCUCAAAGAAAACUCAGUAUGAAGAGCAUAUUUACAGAUGUGAGGAUGAACGCUUUGAGUUGGAUGUAGUACUGGAAACCAACUUGUCCACCAUCAGAGUGUUGGAGACAGUACAGCGUAAAUUGUCUCGCAUGUCAGCCGAGGAGCAGGCCAAGUUCCGUUUGGACAACACGCUGGGCGGCUCCUCGGAGGUCGUGCACCGCAAGGCUGUCCAGAGGAUAUAUGGAGACAAAGCACCGGACAUCAUCGAUGGCCUGAAGAAAAACCCUUCAGUUUCUGUCCCUAUUGUGUUGAAGAGGUUAAAGACAAAGGAGGAAGAGUGGCGGGAAGCGCAACGGGGCUUCAACAAGAUAUGGAGGGAGCAGAAUGAGAAGUAUUACCUCAAAUCUCUUGAUCAUCAAGGCAUCCACUUCAAACAGAAUGACACCAAAGUGCUUCGAUCCAAGUCCUUGCUGAAUGAAAUUGAAAGCAUCUAUGAUGAGCACCAGGAGCAGGCUUCUGAGGAAAACACCACCCCACCCGCAGGUCCCCACCUGACACUGGCCUACGAAGACAGUCAGAUACUGGAGGAUGCUGCAGCACUCAUCAUCCACCAUGUCAAGCGGCAGACGAGCAUUCAUAAGGAGGAAAAAUUCAAAAUCAAACAAAUCAUCUUCCACUUCAUCCCCGACAUGCUGUUCUCGCAGCGUGGUGAGCUUUCUGACGUAGAAGAGGAAGAGGAGGAGGAGGAGAUGGAGCUGGAGGAAGGAGCAUCCAAAAAGCACAACGGUGUCCCCAGCAGUGGGAGCCCCUCUAAAUCCAAGUUGCUGUUCAGCAACACGGCGGCACAGAAGCUGCGCGGCUGCGACGACGCCUACAACCUCUUCUACGUCAACAACAACUGGUACAUCUUCCUGCGACUGCACCAGACGCUGUGCUCGCGACUGCUGAAGCUGUACGGGCAGGCGGAGCGACAGAUCGAAGAGGACGUCAGAGAACGCGACUGGGAGAGGGAAGUCCUAGGACUCAAGAGGGAGAAGAACGACAAUCCAGCCAUCCAGCUGAGACUGAAGGAGCCCAUGGACAUUGAGGUGGAAGAUUACUACUCGGCCUUCUUGGAGAUGGUUAGGAAUCUGCUGGAUGGAAACAUGGAGGCCUCUCAGUACGAGGACUCGCUGAGGGAGAUGUUCACCAUCCACGCUUACAUCGCUUUCACGAUGGACAAGCUCAUCCAAAGCAUCGUCCGACAGCUUCAACACAUCGUGAGCGAUGAGAUCUGUGUCCAAGUAAUGGACCUCUUCCUGGCAGAGAACUCUACUGGGGCCAGUGGAGGAUCCAUGUCCACUCAGUCUUCGAGGAAUUCUGCCGAGGCUAUCUACCAGCGGAAAGCCGAGCAGCUUAUGUCUGAUGAAAACUGCUUCAAGGUGAUGUUUUUGAGAAACAGAGGUCAAGUGCAUCUCAUGGUGGAGCUCCUAGACACGGAAGAGGAGAACUCUGACGAGCCCAUGGAGGCAGAGCGUUGGUCGGAUUAUGUCGAACGCUACUUAAACCCAGAUUCAACCACACCUGAGUUAAGGGAGCAUCUUGCUCAGAAACCAGUUUUUCUUCCCAGGAAUCUGAGACGGAUCAGAAAGUACCAGAAGGGCCGAGAGCAGCUGGACAAGGAGGCGUGCGAGGGCGGCAAGAAGUCCCUGGAAAAAGAGAAAAUGGAGUGCAUGUUCAAGCUCAACUCUUACAAGAUGGUAUACGUCUUCAAGUCUGAGGAUUACAUGUACCGACGCACUGCACUGCUGAGAGCUCACCAGUCACAUGAGAGGGUGAGCACACGGCUGCACAAACGCUUCCAGGCUUGGGUGGACACGUGGGUCAAGGAGCAUGUCACCCGCGACAUGAACGCCGAGACCAACAAGUGGUUGAUGGGUGAAGGGCGUGAAGGAUUACUACCUUGCACCACCGCGCGCCAGCCCGAGGUCGUACACUUCGUGAACAUCAACAAGUACCGUGUCAAAUAUGGAACACCAAGCAAGUCACCGUAGCUGAGGAGAAACUGGAGAGAGACUGAUUCCUGGGGGUGUUUUGGGCUGACGUCAAACAGGUCAGGAGUAGAGGUAGGGACAAGGGCCUAUUGAUGUGUUUUUAAAGCAGACAUGGGAGCACAAUUAAGCUAGCUACCGUGUUGCGUUGCACCUGGGGCGGCAGGAUUACUGAUUUUACCAGCGUUUUUAGCUGGGCCCAUUUUUUCCACAGGGCCUUUGGUGCCAAAACUUGGGAAUGGUCAUGUUCCAGUCACAGACAUGAGCUCUUACCAGCACUCAGAGCCACGUCUCAUACAAAGUUCCCUUAAGCCUUUACUGCAGGGCUUAUCAAUACAAACAGUGAGCCUGAGGGAGACGAGAGUGGUGCUUUUUUGUACUUCAUCACAACUGAGCUUCGUUUUGACUGAAACUUUUGUCUGAAGCCAUCAGAGAAAGCACUCCAUAGCAAUCAGUCGUACAGGGAUUUCUUUAUGAUAGUGUUAUUCUACAGUAUCAGCGAAAAACAAUAUGGUGGACAAGUGCACUUAUUAGGAAUAGGGAAAAGUCGUUUUAAAUAGUUUGGUUCCCCAGAUUGAACAGUUGGAGGGAGCUCAAAACAAGUCUGGUUCAGACAUUCCUGUGUUACGGCCAAAUCACAAAUAUGUACCUAUCACUAGAGGGAAGGAGGAGGUUACAUUUCCUUUUCCGAAAAUACAUGGCAGCAUUAUUAGAAACUGUGCCUGAGCCCCAGACAAUAUUGUCAGGUUAACAUCAAAAUGCACUGUUGCAUCUGAUGUAAAAAAAAAAAAAUGAAAAAAGUAGCCUCACAACACUGUUUGGUCUCGGACUGUAAAAUUGUACAGCUUGUGAAUGUCAGAUACUGACAUGUAUUCCAGUGUAUGUGUUGUGUAUAUAUAUUAUAUAUAGUUCUAAUAACACAAAUGAUCCUCGCCGCCCUGGAAGUCCAACCCUUUUAAAAACACCCUUCUGCCAACACACCAGCUUGUACAAACACACACAGACAAACACACACAGACACACACACACGUCUCAUUGUAGGAGGACUGUCCACAUGCCAUUCAUUGUAAAUACACUGUAUAUAGUCUCAGACUUUUUAUGACAAAUCUGUGUUGUUGUGCUAGUAAUACUUUCCAAGGUUACUGUGGACUUUAGUGAUACAUGGCUAAAGUUAGUAUGUAUAUGAAAAAGACAAAAGCAAGACCAUUUAUUACAGUUUUUACCAAAGGGAGUUGAUUAUAGAUGUUUCCCCCCUUUGAGUGUUCUUUUAUGUCUUUUCCCUUUUUAAUUUCUGUAGUAAAAGAACACUAGAAAUGUAUCCAGGUCUUUCGGUUUUUAUAUUUGAAAAAUGAUAUUUUAUUUCUUCUGAAUGUGACCCUUGUUUGGUUAACAAUCACUGCCCACCUUUUGACAACUGACACCGUCCGAGGUGAUGGUGAGACUCAUUUCAAAGGUCAGUCUCGACGGACUCCACAACAGUCUCACCCUGUGAUGCACGCUUCCCUGCCUGGAUAGAUUUCUGCUGCAGACAUCACCCAACACCAUAUUUUUGAUAAUGGAAGAAGUCACGUCACAAGCAUGUCUUUAGUCCCUUUAUUUAGACAUUAUUUAAAGUAACAAUAAAAACAACAUUUGUAGCCUACA